UUGGCGCGGACGGGUGGGUGCGUGCGCGCUCUUGGGGACUGAAAAGCGUCGACGAGGCGCGCGCUGUAGCAGUCGACUGAGCGUCUCCCCUCCGAAAGUAUGUUUAGUGUGGAGGGGAGAGGUCUUAUGUUAGUUGAAAUGGUAAAAUAAUAAUAAAAAAAAUGUUUGGUGUGUUGAAUAGUGAUUAAAAUUACUCGGAGGCUAGGGAAUUUUACAUUUGAAAAGGAAAGCAGGAAACAAAAAGGAACAUUUGUCAAAUCUGGAUGGAAGAAUUUUAAGCAGCUCUCGUCCCUUUGGAAAUUGAGCAGGCCCUCAACAAUGCACCUUAAACCAUACCCAGUGUUUCAGAAGAAAGAGCUGUUGUUGGAGGCAAGCCAAGACAACUUAAGGGGCAUUCACACAAGUCAGCACAGAGUCUUGAGAUCAGAUCGAUUUCCAUCAACUUGUUUCACUCAUCAGCAUUGUUCAGCUGGGUGUGUCUCUGGUAGUGGAGCAUCCUGCCGAUGCCAGUUAGCAGUUAUUUCUACUAAUUCCAUGUGUAAAAGCUCCUUGGGCACUAAAUCCAGUUGUGAUGGUACCAGCAUACGGGGGAAAAAAAGCAAAGUAACGUGUUUGAAUUCUUCAGCGAAGUCUUUGUUAGUUCUUGCAUCUGAAAAUGAAGAUUUUGUCUCGGUGCCUCAGGAGGAGGAAGCAGAUGGUCCUCUUGACAUAUGGGCAGUGAUCAAACCUGGAAACACCAAGGAAAAAAUUGCUAUAUUUGCUUCCCACCAGUGUAACAACAGUGCUGACAUGAGCAAGAGUAGUAGCGUCACGAGUUGCAGCAGUCGAACGAUAUCGAUGAAAAUCAAAGGAUGCUGGGAUGUUGAAGGAUCUGUAGCCAAGCGAAGAAAGCGGUCUCCAGAAGAGAACAAACUCCAAGAAACUAACCAAGUGAAGGACAGUAAAAUAUCCGUAGUCAACCGUUUACCAUGUCGUAAUACUAGAGAUCCAUCUUUUUGCUUAGGCAGCAGUGGAGAAGGCUCACUUGUGUUGGAGGGAGAGGAAGGCGGGAAGUCAAUGUCUGUAGUGGAAAUGGUUGCUUACCUUGAACAAAGAGCUAGGGCUCUUCUCUCGGAUUGCAACAAACAUUGUUCUGUACGAUCUAGUUGUAUUGGUCAAACAAAAGAGCAAUCUGGAGCUCCUUUCCAGGGUCCUGCUGAUGGGUGCUCUGAAGAAUCCUCUGGAGAGUGUGUUAGAGUGCUGGAAAUGGUGGCUAAGUUGGAAUCCAAGUGCCUAAAUAGAAGGUGUGAAAGAGAAUCUGGAGGACUUUCACGAAACAAUAGCCUGCGACGCAAUGUAGGACGGGUGCUAUUAGCAGGCAGCCCUUGUCCUGCUUUUCCUGUGCAUCAGCAAGUUUCUGAAUUAGAGUCUUCAAGAUCUCAUAAGGAAAGCUCUCCGGAUUGCUGCUCUGUGUCCGAUCCAGUGAAGAAGGCUGAAGUUGCAGUCCACUGUGAAAUGGGUGGUACAGAAAACCCCAACAUGCUCUUCAGGAAAAAAGAGUGUUCUCUGGUUAUAAGUAGAACAGUCCAUGCGAAUUUAGAAUCAAGGCGAGAAAAAAGGGAAGAGGCUACUCAGAUAGGAGAUCCACCUGAAAAAGAGGACCUGCCACUGGACAAAAUUGUAGGGAGUGAGACCCACGUCGGCUAUCGUGAGGAGCCACUUCCUGGUAUGCUGUUUUUCAAAUUGACAUCACAGUCGGUUCCUGGGCAACUAUCUGAGUCACUAGCAAAUAUCAAAUCUCCUUUGGACAAUAAUGUUCCACUGCUCAAUUUAGUCACAGACAGCUCCAAGUUAAACAUUUUGUCAGAGGCUGACCCUGAAGAAGAAAAGGAGAACUGGGGUUCGGUUCCAGUGCGGGAGCCUUUUCCUUUAAGGAGGCUGGUGUCACAUGAAUUCUUAGAAAUGCGUUUUAAGAUUCAGCAACUUUUGGAGCCUCAGCAAUACAUGGCUUUUCUGCCCCAUCACAUUAUGGUAAAAAUCUUUUGCUUUCUGCCUACAAAGACAUUGGCUGCACUCAAGUGUACCUGCCAUUACUUUAAGUUUAUCAUUGAGAAUUAUAACGUGCGCCCAGCUGACUCUCGCUGGGUUUGUGACCCCCGCUAUAAGGAUGAUCCCUGCAAGCAGUGCAAAAAGCGUUAUGGACGUGGUGAUGUUUCUCUUUGCCGUUGGCACCCAAAGCCCUAUUGCCAAGCCCUGCCAUAUGGUCCUGGUUACUGGAUGUGCUGUCAUGGCUCACAGAAGGAUGCACCAGGAUGCAAUGUGGGUCUUCAUGACAAUCGCUGGGUGCCUGCUUUCCACAGCUUUAAUAUGCCAAUUUACAAGAAAGUGAAAGAAGUGGAGGAAGAAGUGUCGUCUUGAGAUUUACUGCAGUGCUAUAGUGUGUCUGUGUUUGUGUGUGACAGAAGUUCGCAACAUUAAAAAGAAAUCACUGGGGGGGG